AUGUUAUCCACUGUCGCUGAUGGGCCCGGCCUUGGCCAGCGGCAGUCUCUUGCCAAAGAAAUCAAAGAGGUAACAGAAGACAUGGAUAAGAACAAGAAUUUAUUUGCUCAGAUAUUUCCUGAGAAUGGUGAUAAUAGGGAUAUUAUAGAAGACACUUUGGAUUGUCUCCUGAAAAGACUGACCUUGCUGGAGUCAGUAGUAAACCAGAGAUGCCAUCAAAUGAAAGGAAGGCUCCAGCAAAUAGUGACUUUCAAGAAUGAUCUGAAGCUCCUGUUUACGUCGGUGGCUGAUAACAAAUAUUUAGUUCUACAGAAACUAGCAGAGGCAGUUGAGAGACCAGAAACAGAACAAAUGCAGGUCAUACUGCAGGCAGAAGAAGGUUUGAAGGAACUAGACACUGGAAUAAAUGAAUUAAAGAAGCAGGUAGACAAGCUACAAAUUGACCAACCUUCUGUGCAAGAGCUGUCUAAGAUCCAGGAUAUGUACGAUGAGCUGAUGAUGAUCAUUGGAUCCAGACGGUGUGACCUGAAUCAAAAUCUGGCUCUUAAGAGGCAGUAUGAACGGGCUUUGCAGGACCUGGCUGACCUGUUAGAAACAGGCCAAGAAAAGAUGGCUGGUGACCAGAAAAUGAUUGUUGCUUCUAAGGAAGAAGUUCGAUCACUACUUGACAAACAUAAGGAAUAUUUUCAGGGGUUGGAGUCUCACAUGAUCCUGACAGAAACGCUCUUUAGAAAGAUGAGUAGCUUUGCCCUCUUGAAGGAAACUCAGUCACAUUCAGAGCUAAUGACACAAGCUUCGGUUGUAUUAAAACUGGCUCAUAAACGAGGUGUGGAGCUGGAAUACAUUCUAGAGACCUGGAUGCGUCUGGAUGAGGAUUACCAGGAACUUACCAGACAACUGGAAUCUGUUGAAGGUAGCAUCCCCGCUGUUGGUUUGGUGGAAGAGACGGAGGACAGGCUUACAGACCGGAUUACACUUUUUCAGCAUCUGAGAUCUAACCUGACUGAAUACCAACCUAAAUUAUACCAAGUGCUAGAUGAUGGGAAAAGGCUCCUUUUUUCUGUUAGCUGCUCAGAUCUCGAAAGUCAACUGAACCAACUAGGAGAACACUGGUUAAGUAACACCAGCAAGGUUACCAAGGAGCUUCACAGGCUGGAGACAAUACUGAAGCACUGGACAAGAUAUCAGAAUGAAUCAAGUGAACUGACACGUUGGUUACAAUCUGCAAAGGAGCGGCUUGAGUUUUGGAGCCAGCAGUCCUUGACAGUUCCUCAGGAACUGGAAACAGUCCGAGACCACUUGAACUCCUUUUUGGAGUUUUCAAAAGAAGUCGAUGCUAAAUCAUCACAGAAAUCCUCUGUCCUGAGUACUGGGAACCAGCUCCUCAGGCUGAAGAAGGUGGAUACAGCAGCAUUGCGUGCGGGAUUGUCCCACAUUGACAGUCAGUGGACGGAGCUGCUCACACAAAUCCCAGCAGUACAAGAGAAAUUGCACCAGCUCCAGAUGGACAAAAUUCCUUCUCGCCAUGCUAUCACUGAAGUUAUGAGCUGGAUUUCCCUGAUGGAAAAUGUUAAUCAGCAGGAUGAAGAGAAUAUAAAAAAUGUAGUAGGACAGAAAGUCAUCCAGGAUUACGUCCAGAAGUACAAGGGUUACAAGAUAGAUUUAAAUUGCAAACAAUUGACGGUAGACUUUGUGAACCAAUCAGUGCUACAAAUUAGCAGCCAGGAUGUUGAAAGUAAACGCAGUGACAAAACUGAUUUCGCAGAACAGCUCGGAGCAAUGAACAGACGUUGGCAAAUCCUGCAAGGCCUGAUAACAGAAAAGAUCCAGCUGUUGGAAAGUCUGCAGGAAUCCUGGACAGAAUACGAAAAUAACGUGCAGUGCCUAAAAACUUGGUUUGAAACCCAAGAGAAGAAGCUGAAACAGCAACAGAAAAUUGGAGACCAGGCUUCAGUACAGAAUGCUUUGAAAGACUGUCAGGAAUUGGAAGAAUCAAUAAGAACAAAGGAAAAAGAAGUAGAAAAUGUAGAACAGAGUGGUCUUUCUUUGAUACAGAACAAGAAGGAAGAAGUCUCUUCUGCUGUUAUGAGUACACUGCAAGAAAUUAACCAUUCCUGGGCCAAUUUGGAUCACAUGGUUAGCCAACUGAAGAUAUUGUUGCAAUCUGUUCUUGAUCAGUGGAGCAUUUACAAAGUGGCUUAUGAAGAACUGAAUAGUUACCUGACAGAAGCUAGAUAUUCUUUGUCCCGUUUUUAUCUUCUUACUGGUUCUUUGGAAGCUGUGAAAGUCCAAGUUGAUAACCUUCAGAGCCUACAAGAUGAAUUGGAAAAGCAAGAAAAUAGCUUACAGAAAUUUGGUUCUGUGACCAAUCAAUUGUUGAAAGAAUGUCACCCACCAGUGACUGAAACACUUACCAACACUUUGAAAGAAGUCAAUAUGAGGUGGAACAACCUUCUGCAGGAGAUUGCAGAGCGGCUGCGUGCCAGUAAGGGCCUCCUUCAGCUGUGGCAAAGGUACAAGGACUGUUACCAGCAGUGCUCUUCCACAGUCCGUCAGCGGGAAGACCAGACCAAUGAACUCCUGAAGACUGCCACCAGCAAAGACAUUGCUGAUGAUGAAGUUACUACUUGGAUUCAGGACUGUAAUGAUGUACUCAUGGAUUUGAAGACAGCACAGGAGUCACUGGUUGUUCUUCAAGAGCUGGGAGAGGAGCUAAAAAGCCAGGUGGAGGCUUCAGCAGCAGCAGCUAUACAAUCUGAUCAUCUUUCUCUGAAGCAGAAUCUGUCAACCCUAGAACAGGCUCUCCGCAAGCAACAGACUGUACUUCAGGCUGGAGUGCUGGACUAUCAAACCUUUGCCAAGAACCUGCAAGUCCUUGAGGCCUGGAUAACAGAAGCAGAAGAAAUAUUGAAAGGACAGGAUCCUAGUCACUCAUCUGAUCUCUCAGCAAUACAGAGUAGAAUGGAGGAACUCAAGAGUCAGAUGUUGAAAUUCAGCAGCAUGACCCCGGAUUUGGACCGUCUUAAUGAGCUGGGUUACAGGCUUCCUCUGAAUGAUAAAGAAAUCAAAAGGAUGCAGAACCUGAACAGACAUUGGUCUCUGAUCUCAUCUCAGACUACGGAGAGAUUCAGUAAGCUGCAGUCUUUCUUGCUGCAGCAGCAGACCUUCUUGGAGAAAUGUGAGACUUGGAUGGAUUUAUUAGUUCAGACUGAGCAGAAGCUAGCGGCAGAGAUUUCGGGAAACUACCAGAGCCUUUUAGAGCAACAGAGGGCACAUGAGCUAUUCCAGGCAGAGAUGUUCAGCCGCCAGCAGAUUUUGCAUUCAAUUAUCUCUGAUGGGCAGCACCUUCUAGAACAAGGACGGGUGGAUGACAGGGAUGAAUUUAAUCUGAAGCUGACUCUUUUAAGUAAUCAAUGGCAAGGAGUAAUUCGCCGGGCACAGCAGAGGAGGGGGAUCAUUGACAGCCAGAUUCACCAGUGGCAACGCUAUAGGGAGAUGGCAGAGAAGCUGCGCAAGUGGCUCUUGGAAAUAUCCUGUCAGCCAGUGAGUGGGCUGGGCAAUGUUCCUAUCCCACUGCAGCAAGCCAGAGCGCUACUGGAUGAAGUGCAGCUUAAAGAGAAAGUUCUCCUAAGGCAGCAAGGGAGUUAUAUCCUCACUGUGGAAGCUGGGAAGCAACUGCUGCUCUCUGCUGACAGUGGAGCUGAGGCAGCCCUGCAGACAGAGCUUACCGAAAUUCAGGAGCGCUGGAAGAUAGCUAGCACCCAACUGGAACAACAAAAGAAACAGCUUGCCUUACUACUGAAAGACUGGGAAAAAUCUGAAAAGGGCAUAGGAGACUCCCUGGAGAAGCUAAGAACAUUCAAAAAAAAGCUUUCUCAGCCUUUGCCAGAACACCAUGAUGAAUUGCAUGCAGAGCAGAUUCGUUGCAAGGAGUUAGAGAAUGCUGUUGAAGGAUGGAGAGAUGACCUUGCACACCUCUCUCUGAUGAAGGAGACCCUGUCUGUAUAUAUCAGCACAGAUGAUAUCUCAAUCCUCAGUGAGCGCAUAGAGCUUCUGCACAGGCAGUGGGAGGAGCUGUGCCACCAGGUCUCCUUACGUCGACAACAAGUUAGUGAGAGACUGAAUGAGUGGGCUGUCUUCAGUGAGAAGAACAAGGAGCUCUGUGAGUGGCUGACGCAAAUGGAAAGUAAGGUUUCUCAAAAUGGCGACAUCCUCAUAGAAGAAAUGAUUGAGAAACUUAAAAAGGAUUACCAAGAGGAAAUUGCUGUAGCCCAGAAGAACAAAAUCCAGCUCCAGCAAAUGGGAGAGCGACUUGCUAAAGCCAGCCAUGAGAGUAAGGCAUCAGAGAUUGAGUACAAACUUGGCAAGAUCAAUGACAGGUGGCAACAUCUUCUAGAUCUUAUUGCAGCCAGGGUAAAGAAGUUGAAGGAGACCCUUAUUGCAGUGCAGCAGCUGGAUAAAAACAUGAGUAGCCUGAGAUCUUGGCUUGCCCACAUUGAGUCAGAGUUGUCCAAACCUAUUAUCUAUGAAACUUGUGACUCUGAGGAGAUACAAAGGAAGCUAAAUGAACAGCAGGAACUUCAGAGGGACAUAGAGAAACACAGCACUGGAGUGGCAUCUGUUCUCAAUCUGUGUGAAGUGCUUCUUCAUGACUGUGAUGCAUGUGCCACAGAAGCAGAGUGUGACUCUAUCCAGCAGGCUACACGCAAUCUGGACAGAAGGUGGAGGAACAUUUGUGCAAUGUCAAUGGAAAGGCGACUUAAAAUUGAAGAGACAUGGCGGCUAUGGCAAAAGUUUUUGGAUGACUACUCUAAAUUUGAAGACUGGCUAAAAAUCUCUGAGAAGACAGCUGCUUUCCCGAGCUCCUCUGGUGUGCUUUACACAGUUGCUAAGGAAGAACUGAAGAAAUUUGAGGCCUUCCAGAGACAAGUGCAUGAAAGUCUGACUCAGCUGGAACUGAUCAAUAAACAGUAUCGCCGCCUGGCCCGAGAGAACCGCACUGACUCUGACUGCAGCCUCAAGCAGAUGGUUCAUGAGGGGAACCAGAGAUGGGACAACUUACAAAAGCGAGUUACCUCCAUCCUGCGCAGGCUAAAACAUUUUAUUGGCCAGCGUGAGGAGUUUGAGACAGCACGUGAUAGCAUCCUGGUAUGGCUAACAGAGAUGGACCUGCAGCUGACCAACAUAGAGCAUUUUUCAGAGUGUGAUGUCCAAGCAAAGAUAAAGCAACUUAAGGCUUUCCAGCAAGAAAUUUCACUGAACAACAACAAAAUUGAGCAGAUAAUUGUGCAGGGUGAGCAACUCAUUGAGAAAAGUGAGCCCAUGGAUGCAGCUGUCAUUGAAGAAGAACUAGAUGAGCUGCGUCGUUACUGUCAAGAGGUCUUUGGACGUGUGGAACGCUAUCACAAGAAACUCAUCCGCCUUCCUCUGACAGAUGACGAACACGACCUCUCUGACAGAGAGGUGGAUCUGGAUGAAUCAGCAGAUCUCUCUGACAUACACUGGCAUGACAAAUCUGCGGACAGCGUUCUCUCCCCGCACCCCUCUUCCAACCUCUCGCUGCCUCUUUCCCAGCCGGUGAGAAGCGAGCGAUCAGGGCGAGACACCCCUGCGAGCGUGGACUCCAUUCCCCUGGAGUGGGAUCAUGACUACGACCUUAGCAGAGACCUGGAGACAGCCGUUUCACGGGCACUGCACUCUGAGGAAGAAGACGGAGGACAAGAGAAGGACUUCUACCUGAGAGGAGCAGCUGGUAUAGCAGGAGAACCUGGUGCCCUGGAGGCACAUAUCCGACAGCUGGACAAGGCCUUAGACACCAGUCGUUUCCAAAUACAGCAAACAGAAAACAUCAUCCGCAGCAAAACACCUACAGGACCGGAGCUGGAUUCCAGUUACAAAGGAUACAUGAAGCUACUAGGUGAGUGCAGUGGAAGCAUAGACUCAGUAAAAAGGCUUGGAUAUAAGCUGAAGGAGGAAGAAGAAAAAUUAUCUGGACUUAUUAACCUGAACAGUACUGAAACACAAACAGCUG